AUGGAAUCUUUCGACGCGUAUGUCAUGGAAGGCGACGCGCCGGGGCGUUCGUUCGACGACGGCGGGUACACCGGCUACGACGAUUCCUACGCCGCCUUCUCCUCCGCCGAGACGCCGCCGUUUUCGGCUCCAGCUUACACUCCGGAGUACGGCGAAGCCGAGGAGGUGUCGGCGGGCCACGCAAACAGCUCCGAUCCGUUCGGAUUCGGCUCGGACCCUCCCCAGCCGUUCGGAUCGGCUGGUUCUGUCCCGAUCUCGAACGGCAACGGAGGCUCGCCUUAUAACCUAGGGGAAGAUUCGGAAGGAAUUUUCAGAUCCGACGGCCCGAUUCUUCCACCUCCGAGUGAAAUGAACGAGGAAGGGUUUGCUCUUCGUGAAUGGCGGAGGCUGAACGCCAUUCGUCUUGAGGAGAAGGAGAAGAAGGAAAAGGAAAUGCGGAACCAGAUCAUCGAAGAAGGCGAGGAGUACAAAAAAGCUUUCUACGAGAAAAGAAAGCUCAAUCUGGAGACCAACAAGACCACCAAUCGGGAAAGAGAAAAGCUAUUCCUCGCCAGCCAAGAAAAAUUCCACAAGGAGGUCGACAAGCAGUAUUGGAAAGCUAUAGCCGAGCUCAUCCCAAAUGAGGUGCCCAACAUCGAGAAGAGAGGGAAAAAGAAGGACCAGGACAAAAAGCCCUCGAUCACGGUCAUCCAAGGUCCCAAGCCCGGUAAACCAACCGAUCUUUCGAGGAUGCGCGGAAUAUUGGUCAAGCUCAAGCACAAGCCGCCGCCCCACAUGGUGCCACGGCCACCUGUUCCCGCCAAGGAUGAAAAAGAUGGGAAAAACACGAAAAAUGACAAGGAGAAUGCGGCCGAUGCUGUAAAAGAGGCGGCAGCUCAACCUGCCAAAGGCUCUUCUAACGGCGGCGUAGCUACACAAACGGCCGAUGAGAAGCAAGAUAGCUAA